AUGUCUUUCUCCAUUACAUUUGGUUGUAAUGGUAUGCAUCGUUUUGUUAUUGCAGGAGGAAUUCGUCCAAUCCAAGACGAUCGUAUUAAUGACCAGUAAAUAGUAUUUGGAUGAUGUAGAAUGUAUGUUUUCUAGUAUCUUUCCUACUACACACAUGUUCAUCGUCCAGUAAAUUAAGAUUUGAAAUGGUAGGAUCGCAAAGCAUCUUUUAAUGGCGACAAAGGAAAAUCAGUCCACUGUAAAGAAUCUUGAGUCUAACUAGAAGCGCAAGUGUCUAGCCUUGUGAAAAAGUUAUCACUCUGAAAAAAUCUUUUUAGAGUGAUAACUUCUUCAUCAAGCCACAAACGUCUUGUUUAGAUAGUUCAGCGUCUUGAAACACGACUUAAAUGAGAGCUGAUUGAUUUUUAAAACAUUCGCCAUUGAACCGUAAACUGUGCAUUUUAUUUAUCGUACACCACAAUCACUUAAGUUCCUCCAUGGCUAUUCCAAUCAUCUCUUAAAACCAAUAUUACAUUCCAAAUGUUUUCGUUUGAAUCUUUUCUAAUAUGAAAAACUUGAAAGAUAGCUGUCAUUGAAAAUAAUAUUUCCUAUUCGUCUUUGAAAUAACUCUGUAAUCGUCAUUAGCGCAAAAUCGACUUUUUAUACGGAGAACAGAAUCGGUUCAAAUUUUUUUUCUGAAGAGCUUAUUAUGUAAAUCGACGGGCAGCAAAGUAUCUCUUGAUUCAAAUCACUUUUCGCAUUUUGGCGCGAAUAGUGGCGCCACUUAAAACGCGCUACUAUUCGCG